AUGGAGCCUUCACGGGCCCAUGAGGUUGUUCUAUACUCCUGGAAUUAGUUACCCUUUUCUUUCUAAUUUGAUGGUAAUGUCCAUGUUUUAAGCGUCACCUCUUCAUUAAAAAAUAAUAGGAGCCGUUUUUUUGAUUGAUUUUUUAAUUGAGGUACCCUAAAGUGAUCGAUAUUUUUGUCAAAAUCUUUGCGCUCUCCUAUUCAGAGAAUUCUUUGCAUUAAGAUAUUGGAAGGAAAAGCCAGCGAUCUGGAACAAACCCGAGUUCCACCAACUCUUCGGCCCUUUAUCAAAGAAAAACUGUGGAACUACAGUAUGCGCAAAAGAGCUCCGAUGGACGAAGUUUGCGUCAUUUAGUCACUUCACUAUUUUUUUUCGAAAUUUGCAGGUCGUCAAGUUCUUGAAAAAGACUUACCGCAACUGUAAAAAGGUCAGUUUAAAUGAAGAGAUAGCUUUUCUAAUUGAAAACAUCUCUGCAGCUAGAGGGGUUACCGAAGACGACCACGAAUGAGGAGAGUACCGUGAGUUUGAAACUUCAGUUUUUGAUAGUGCAUUUUUGAAAAUUCCGAAUUUCAGUCGAAUAAAUAUUAUAUCAUUAUAUGAGGGCCAGCGAUAAAAUAGGAAAAUCGUCGAGAAAUUCGACACUACUAUUUGUUUAGCAGAAGUCUUACUUACUUUUGUGAAAAUUGAUCAGAUACUCAAAAUUCAUCCUGAAAGGUUCAGACUAAAAAACUUGCGGCUUUACUAAAAACGAAGGAUCCCAUCAUUAAAAUUUCCAGUUUUGAUAAGGGUUUUAUUUUAUUCUGAAGGCUCUAUUCUUGUGAAUUUGUAGAUGUUGAAAUUGUCAAGGCUUUCGUAGGGUACUGCAAAUAAUAUUCUGGUCAUCUUUUAGAGAAUUCAUAACCGAAAACUUCAACGAUAGCAAAACUUGUGAAAGUUCGAACUUUCUCCUAAAAUCACUUCAGGGAGGCAAAGGAGACGGUAGUUUCAACAAUGCUCUCAAAAACCGCCGACGCGAACCCGUAAGCCGCAAUGUCAGUUGCACUUUUCUCCUGUCCCAAUAUCAAGACUUUUUUUCCCAGGUUAUUAUGGAACAAGUUUGUCCCACAAAAGAGGACUGA